AUGACAGAAGAAAAAAGUGACGAAUGGAAACGAUUAAAUAUUUCAAAAGGUAAAUGUUCGUUUAGUCAAGAACGUAUUUGGAUUGAUGAACAAAUUCGAGAAAGUCUUAUUAAAAAUAGUGAAGAUUUAUAUAAUUAUAAUAGAGUUAUUGUUUAUCAAAUUGAAGAUGGAUUUUUAUCAAUAAAACGUUUUCGUCAAUCAAUUAAUAUAUUAUUAGAUAAACAUGAAAUAUUUCGAACAUCAUUAGAUUAUGAUGCAGAUCAACAUUGUCUUCAACAAACAAUAAAUCACACUUCAAAUGAUCUUUAUUCAUAUGAAUUAACUUAUGUAGAUAUAAAUGAUAUUGAAAAAGUCAAUAAUAUAAUAUAUAAUGAACAAAUUUCAAAAUAUUUUGAUUUAAAUAAAGGAAAAAUCUUUCGUUGUCAUUUAUUAAAAGAAAAUGCUCAAGAUAAAAAUCAUUUAGUUAAAAAUGAUUAUAUUUUAUUAAUAUAUCAUCAUUCAGCUAUUGAUCAAUAUUCAAUUUAUUUAUUUUUAAAAGAAUUAACAGAAUCCUAUAGAAAUGGAAAAUUAAAUAAAGAUGAUAAAUAUCAAUUAAGAUAUAUUGAUUAUUCACAAUAUGAACGUCAAUUUAAUUUAACGAAUUGUGAAGAAUUUUGGCAAGAUUUAUUUUCUGAUUAUAAUUUUAAUUCUAGAUUAAAAAUUCCAUAUGAUCAUAAAUUAAAUAAUAUUUCAACUGGUUCAUAUUAUUCAUUUAAUAUUGAUAAAUCAUUAAUUCGACAAAUAUUUCGAUAUAAAAAUAAAAUCAAUAUUAAUUUAUUUCGAAUUUUUUUAACAACAUUUUAUAUUUAUUUAUUUAAAUUAACACAACAGACUGAUUUAUCUAUAACUGGUUAUACACCAAAUCGUUUUCGAGAUGAAUUAAAUCAUAUUAUUGGACCAUUGGAAAAUAUAAUUAUUUAUAGAUUCGAACUUGAUCCACAUCAAUCUUUUAAUCAAUUAAUAAAACAAAUUGAUAAAUUAUGUUCAAAUAUAAAAGAAAAUGCUUUUUAUCCAUAUCAACAAUUAGUUGCAUAUGCAAGAAAAUUUUCUUCAUUACAAUAUCCAUUUAGUCAAGUAUCAGUUCGUCUUAAUAUUGAAGAUGAUCAAUGGAAUCUUGAUCCAAAUAAUAAUCUUUUUUUAAAACAAAUUUAUUUAACAAAUCAUCAAUUAUUUCCACGCGAUAAUAAAUUAACACCUAUUGAUUUAACAUUAAAUAUAAUAGCAAAUUUAGAAAAACAAACUUUAUCCUUUUAUUUUGAUUAUUCAAAUAAAUUAUUUGAACAAGAAACAAUUCAAACAUUAGCAUUAAGAUAUGAAAAAUUACUUAAACAUUUAUUUGAUGUUUCAUCAAACUUUGAUUUAGAUGAUGAACCUAUUUAUAAAUUAGCAAUUAUUUUACCACAUGAAGAACGACUCAUGCACAAUAUUAAUAUUAACAAUGAUUAA